AUAUCGUUUAAAUUGACCAUUUGUUGUGUUUGGAGCCCCGUCAGUAUUCGGCACUAGGUCACGUGGUUAGUCAUCCCAGAGCGCGAGCCUCGGCCCGUCAGUGACGCCAACUUCCCCAGAUAACUUCGGCGAUGUCCACUCCUUCCACACACUUCGAUCCCCUCAAACACUCAACCCACGACGUGUCGCAAAGGAGCAGCGAAGUUGUGGUGAACAAGUUGUCACUAUGGCUAUCAGAGAGGAUAUCGUCGCAUCAGCUGUGACAUUCCUUCAGGAUCCAAGCGUUGCCGCAUCCCCGGUGGAGAGCCGGAUUGCGUUCCUUCAAUCGAAGAACCUCACCCAAGAAGAGGUGGACGCUGCGCUCGCGCGAGCAGACGGCCAAGCAGCGGCACCGUCAUAUGCAAACUAUGCACCACAGCAGCAGGUAGCUAGGCAGCCACCUCCCGGAUAUGGAGGAGGCUAUCAACAGCCAUGGCAGCCACAAGCUCCGCCGGAGCUUCCAAAGAGAGAUUGGAGGGACUGGUUCAUCAUGGCCACAGUCGCUGGUGGUGUCUCAUACGGGCUAUACACCGUGGCCAAGCGCUACGUCCUCCCGCUGAUUGCCCCUCCUACUCCCCCCCAACUCGAGCAAGACAAGGCCUCAAUCGACGCCUCGUUCGAGAAAGCCUUUACCCUCCUAGAACAACUUUCCAAAGACACCGACGCUCUCAAAUCCGCCGAGGAGGAGCGCACCACGCGCCUUGACGCUACCCUCGCGGACGUCGAAUCCGCCAUCAGCGAGCUCAAGGCCUCCGCUCGCCGCCGCGACGACGAGUCCCGCCGCACCACCGACGAAGUCCGCGCCCUCAAGGACCUCAUCCCCAAGGCCAUGGACGGCCAGAAGGAGAGCACCGACGCCCGCCUCGUCGAGCUCAAUGCCGAGCUCAAGAGCCUGAAGAAGCUAAUGGGUCAGCGCAUGGCCCCCGCCUCGCCUACACCUUCGACCUUCGGUGUCGGCCCAUCCGCCCGCACUACUAUUACCCCUUCCAACACCACCCCCGCCCCUUCCGCACCACAGUCCAAUGGCACGUCCUCCCCGGUUGUGCCUGCGUCUGAGGGCCCAAAGCCCGCCUCCGUCAGCAACGGCAAGGGCACUGAGUCUACCGCGUCGCUGUCUGGUCGCGGGUCUAGCACCCCGUACAGCGCGGGCGUGCCCACUGGACGCGCACCGAUCCCGGCGUGGCAGAUGGCAGCGGCCAAUAAGGCUGCUGCUGCUGCACCGGCGGCUUCUUCGAGCUCGCCAGCUGCGGGCGCGUCGGAUGCACAGGACGAGGCACAGGCUUAGGGGUUUGGCUGUAAUAUCACGGAGGGAAGCGGGGAGGAAGAGAGUGGUUUGCAUGGGACGGCGCUGGGGAUAACGUGAGAGCUAUUUGAUUAUUGUAUUUAUAUGAUCUAUAGGAUGGCAAAUGUUUGUUCGAAAUUUACUUGAUGGUGGGGUUGUAUGUUGCGGCUAUGUGAACCUUGCUAUUUGGAAUUGGGUGAAAUCACAUGUAAUAUAAGUAUGUGUUAUAGG